UGAGAGAAACUACCCAACCCACAAUGCACCGCGGCUACAACGUCAAAUCAGAGUUUAAACGGCUUCAGCUGAACGUUACUGGAGCCGUGCUAACAGCCGUGCUAACAGUCGUGCUAACAGUUCACCGGGCCGGAACAUUUCGUUCGGUUCGUGUUAGCUGCGUUAAUAAGUGUGUUAUGUAGAAAGUGAGGCCGUCAGUGGGCUUUCUGUCGGCGGACUCUUCAGGUUGGACCAUGACUUCACCGGUCUGUGUUAGUUAGCGCGGCUAGGCUAACAGCUAAGCUAACUCGUUGCUAACAGGACUCGUGUGAUGACGGUCGAACUGUUUUCUGUCUUCUAGAGAUGAACUGAGUUCUCGUGUUCGGACACAGACUGUCUUUCUGUUGUAUACACAUUGACCCAGUUCAUCAGUACCGAACCGAACUCGCCGCCGGGAGGACGAUGACUCUGGCCCCGAAGGAGCUGUCCAACCUGCUGAGCAUCAUCUCAGAGGAGGCUUGCACCAACACCUUCGAGAGCCUCUCCACCCACUUUCACCACUACUUCGGUAAGGCGGAGCACUUCAGGGUGGGUUCGGUGCUGGUGAUGCUCCUCCAGCAGCCGGACCUGCUGCCCAGCUCCCCGCAGCGGCUCACUGCCCUCUACCUGCUGUGGGAGAUGUACCGAACCGAGCCGCUAGCCGCGAACCCGUUUGCUGCGGUGUUCGCUCACCUGCUGAACCCCGCACCUGCCGGGGAGGAGCCCGAGAAGGUGCUGUCAGGCUUCCUGCCUCCCAUCACUCAGCCCGAGAAGUUCUUCCUGUCCCAGCUGAUGCUGGCGCCGCCCAGAGACCUGUUCAAGAAGACGCCCAGACAGGUGUCCUGCAUGGACGUGGGCAACAUGCCUCAGUCCAUCGACAUCAGCGGACUGCAGCUCGCGUUGGCAGAGCGUCAGUCGGAGCUGCCCACUCAGAGUAAGGCCAGCUUCCCCAGCAUCCUCAACGACCCGGAUCCAGACUCAUCCAACUCAGGAUUCGACAGCUCAGUGGCCAAUCAGAUCAUAGAGUCUCUGGUGACAGGGCCCCGUCCCCCUCUGGAGAGUCACUUCCGGCCCGAGUUCAUCCGGCCUCCUCCUCCUCUCCACGUGUGUGAGGACGAGCUGGCCUGGUUGAACCCGACUGAGCCGGAUCACAGCAUCCAGUGGGACCGCUCGAUGUGUGUGAAGAACAGCACCGGUGUGGAGAUCAAACGCAUCAUGUCCAAGGCCUUCAAGAGCCCACUGUCAGCCCAGCAGCAGUCACAGCUGCUGGCGGAGCUGGAGAAGGACCCUAAGCUGGUGUACCACAUCGGUCUGUCCCCGGCGAAGCUCCCUGACCUGGUGGAGAAUAAUCCUCUGGUUGCCAUCGAGAUGCUGCUGAAGCUGAUGCAGAGCAGUCAGAUCACCGAGUACUUCUCUGUGCUCGUCAACAUGGACAUGUCUCUGCACUCCAUGGAGGUGGUCAACAGGCUCACCACAGCUGUGGAUCUUCCUCCAGAGUUCAUCCACCUUUACAUCUCCAACUGCAUCUCCACCUGUGAGCAGAUCAAAGACAAGUACAUGCAGAACCGUCUGGUGCGUCUGGUCUGCGUCUUCCUGCAGUCUCUGAUCAGAAACAAGAUCAUCAACGUUCAGGACCUUUUCAUCGAGGUUCAGGCCUUCUGCAUCGAGUUCAGCCGCAUCAGAGAGGCUGCCGGACUCUUCCGCCUCCUCAAGACCCUGGACACCGGAGAAAACCCCACCGAGGCCAAACCCGCCAAGUCCUGAUCUUCAUUGAGACCCUGAGGUACUCUACAGUAUGACACGUCUGAACAUGUCAGAGGGACGCCGGUCCGUUCACUAGAGACUGUCCUCAUGUCUUUGUACAUGACAGGAGCACACACCGGUGACGAUACUGUAAAUAUGGCGGCGCUUUGUUUCCUCCCUGCUCGCCGUCUGAACUCUGUCAGCGUUUCCCUUCUCUCUGUUCCAGAAGUUAAAGCUGGACCAACAGUUCAGAUGUUUUGUUUUUUGUCUUUCUCCUUUGGAAAUGAAAUCUUUUCUCUAAUUAAACAAGUUUAACUCAGUC